AUCUUCGAUGCGUACGAGUGCCUGGAGAAGCGCGGCGAGGGCGCGUUCGGCAAGGUGAUGACCGUGCACUAUCAAGUGUAAAAAUGUCUGGGUCUGGAAGAUUCUGAGACUUGUCAUGCACGUUUUGCAUGGGCCAUGAUGUCUGUGAUGCAUGCCCUAGCAUCACAGACUUUUUGAGGGCUCUGUGAUGCCUAUUCCGCAUGGCAAAUGCUCCCUCCGCGUAGCCAACAUUGCAUUCCCUUUGCUGCUUAUGCAAUACAGAUUUUUUUGGAAUCCAAAUGCAGCAUCACAAGUUCGGAUUCUUCCAGACCCAGACAUUUUUACAUUUGAUAUGCACCACCGGCGAACGAAGCAGUCGCGCGCGGCGAAGUCGAUCACGUUGCGGACGAAGGAGCAGCUGAAAUUGGUGGAAAUGGAAAUCAAUUUGAUGAAGCAACUGGACCACCCAAACAUCCUGAAGAUCUAUGAGGUUUUCACCCUUCCCAAGGAGAAGCUGUUCGAGGAGAUCAAAAAGAUGAACGACCGCGAGAAGAAAAAGCAGCAACAGCGAGGCGGGGCGGGCGGCCGCGAGCUGCAAGUAGGUGGUGCGCCAGGAAUGAUGAACAACAAUCCGCAAAAUAAUAACAAACGCGCGGACUCGGACGAAUCGGCAAAGGCGGAGAAGAAGCCGGCAAUCUACCUGAUUCUGGAACUGUGCAACGGGGGGAGCAUUUUCGAGCGUUUGGUAUACCACAAGAAAACGCUACAGCGCCCCAUGUCGGAGCGGCAGAGUGCGGGGUACUGCAAGCAGCUGCUGAACGCGUGCGCCUAUUUGCACAAGUUCAACAUCGUGCACCGGGACUUGAAGCCCGAUAAUCUGCUGUUCAUGACGCGGAAGUCAGAUUCGGUGUUGAAGAUCAUCGACUUUGGCCUCGCAGAUUAUGUCACCAACAUCCACGCCAGCGUCAAGUUUGUGCACGUGCCUAAGGGCGGCGGGGGAGAUCUUCACUAUCGGGACGGUUUCAACAACAACAAUAAAUCCAGCAGUUCCAAGUCUUCCUCCAGCACGACCAGGCGGCGGCAGUUCCCGAAGGCCGGUACGCCGCACUACAUGGCUCCGGAGGUAUGAACUGCAAAAGUAUCGUACUCGUAUAAAUGCAUUACAAACUUCCUCAGAAUGAGAAAUAAAAUUUGUAAUGCUAAUUUGCCUUAAGAACAGAAUUUGUAAUGCAUGAUUACAACACGAGUACGAUGCUUUUGCACAGGAUAGGAGGUGCAUGGCAACAACUGGUAUGACACGAAGGCGGACCUGUUUGCCUGCUAUCAAAAGGAAAAAUCCCCCCACCCCCUAUCAAAAAGAAGUUUCUGAUGCUGGACUUCAGUACACAAAUCAGAUUUGUCUUGCAGUAGAGUACUGCAGGCAUAUCCCAAGCCUGAGCCGCGAUGCUUUGGCGUAGGCUCCUAGCAUGAAAAACGUCGAUGGUGUAGGCCCAACAGCAUCACAAACCGCCUGCAUAAUGCGGCGGAUUCCCUGGGUUUGCCUGCAUGCAAGACAGGCAGGAUUUGUGGCCACAAAUCCGCAUUACAGAUUUUCAGAAGUAGGAUGCGCUUUCAAUAUGGGGAGGGGGGAUUUUUCCUCUGAAUACCUGCGGGGUGAUCCUCUGCCAGAUGCUGUCGGGCGAACACCCGUUUUUUACCCCGGGCCGCGACACGGCGAAGUCGUCGAAGCAACGGAUUUUGUCGUCCGCGCCCGUGCUAGAGGAGAAGAUUUGGAAAAACAUUUCGAAAAAAGCGCUGGACUUGGUCAAGAAGCUGCUCGAGAAAAACCCAGACAGAAGGUUGUCGGCCAAAGAAGCUUUGAAGCACCCUUGGUUUGCGGAAAUUGACCGACAGAACGCGGAUAUUUUGGCGAAAACCACCAGCAGCACGUCGUCCUCAUCGGCAAACAAUAAUAAAACGACGAGCGGUAGU